GAGGAAUUUGACAAUAAAAACCCCUCUGUGCAGAUCUCAGAAAAUCCAAAAUGAUUAGCUCUGUAAAACUCAACCUCAUCUUGAUUCUGUCGCUGUCCAUGGUGCACACCUUUUGGUGUUACCCCGUUUUCUCUUCCAAGGUGACUGGGAAACCUGAUUAUUUUCUCAUCCUACUGAGCAGCUGCCCAACCAGGCUGGAGGGGAACGACGGACUAGCUUUUCUAAAGCCAAUUUUGGAAAAGACAUCGAUGAAAAGGUCCUUUCGCAACGGAGUUGGCUCAGGGGUGAAAAAAACUUCAUUUCGAAGAGCAAAGCAAUGAAUAAGUGUGCAAAGGACUCUGGGAAUUAAUCUCAAGCUAUGUAGAGUGUGACUGAUGUGCUAAAAAGCGGUUGUAUCUUACCAUGAGCUGUUGCUUCCUUCCUCAUCCUCAGACGAGGCCCUCUUAUCCUAACCGGCUCCAAGUAAAUUAAGUUUUGGGGGAAAAAACGCAGACCUGUCUCAAACUUCCACCUGUGAGUGGAAAACGAUUUCUGUGCUUAGCUAGUUACUUCCCCAACUGCAGAGGGACACGCUGGCUUUGAUCUUGAGUUGGUCGCAAUGCAUGGGCGUUUUUACUGUCAUAUUUGUGUGAUUCUUCUUUUGCUAUCUUGCUGUGCUGUAACACCAAAUGCAGUGGUAGGUAUAUGCUAUUUCUCCCUUAAAAUAUGAUUUCCUCAAAUGACUCAGCUGAGCCCAUCCUUGCUGGUUGCACUGCUUCUGUUUCUAAGAGUCUCGUGGCAUUCCAGCGUGAAGAUGAACCGUGCAGCUGGAUCUACCAGUUGAUUAAUUGGUACCUGCAAAAAGUAACCCCCUAGGGUCCUCUGGUCUGUUCCUCACC